GAGGAUAUAUUACAAACUUCACAAAUGACAAUUGAGGAUGCUGCGAAGAGCCUCCAUGUUAGCAUAUCUACAUUGAAGCGCGCUUGUAGGAAGUUUGGUAUCCCAAGGUGGUCACGUCACCAUAUAAACCAGCUAAACAAGAACGGUGGGAAUUCUGUUCAAAUAUCCCCAACUACUGGAUCUCUGCCUAGGCUUGAACCCUUACAAAAGCAAGGUGACAUGAUGCAACUGAAUUCAUCGGAUCAACAAUCAAUGGAUGCCAUAAACAUUACGAAUGUUGUCGGUGCAGAACAAAGCAACAUUGCUGUCACUUGUUCACAGGAAAAAUACGCAAUAAAGAGGUCAGAAAGAGAACGCAUAAAAACUGGAAUUAGAAUUGAAAGUCCUCCUGAGGGUAUCCUACAAGCUUCGGAAAUGAGCCUUAACGAUGCUGCAAAUAGCCUCCAUGUUAGCAAAUCUGCAUUGAAGCGUGUCUGUAGGGAUUAUGAUAUUCAGAAGUGGCCACCUUCCAAGAUAACAAAAUUUAGUGUCGGAUCUCUGCCUACUGGAUCUCUGCCUAGGCUUGAACCCUUACAAAAUGAAGGUGACAUGAUGCAACAUCAGCAAUCAAUGGAUGCCAUAAACAUCGGUGCAGAACAAAGCAACAUCGGUGUUACUUGUUCACAGGAAAAAUACGCAAUAAAGAGGUCAGAAAGAGAACACAAAAACACGGGAGUUAGAAAUGCAAUUCAUAUUGAGGAUAUCCUACAGACUUCGGAAAUGAGGAUCCAAGAUGCUGCAAAUAGCCUCCAUGUUAGCAUAUCUACAUUGAAGCGCGCUUGUAGGAAACUUGGUAUCUCAAGGUGGCCACCUCGCCAUAUAAACAAGAUAAACAAGAAUGGUGGGAGUUCUGUUCAAAUAUCCCCAACUACUGGAUCUUUGCCUAGGUCUGAACCCUUAAAAAAUGAAGGUGACAUGAUGCAACUGGAUUCAUCGGAUCAACAAUCAAGGGAUGCCACAAAGAGUGGAGGGGCUGUUAUUUGUUCACAGGAAAAAGGCACAAUGAAGAUGCCAUAUAGAGAAGACAAAAAAACUGGUGUUAGAAGUGCAAUGCCUUCAGAGCAUAUCCUACAAACUUCAAAAGAGAGCCUUGAGGGUGCUGCAGAGCACCACGGCGCAAGCCAAUUUGCAUUUAAAUCUGCAGGCAGCAGGAAGAUUACAAGAUCCCUGCCUAGACCUGGACCUUUACAAAAUGGAGAUGAUCAGAUGAUGCAGCUGGAUUCAUCAGAUCAACAAUCAAUGGAUGCCUUAAAUAUUACGAAUGUUGUCAGUGCAGAACAAAGCAACAUUGCUGUUACUUGUUCACAUGAAAAAGACGCAAUAAUAAAGAGGUCAGAAAGAGAACACAAAAAAACUGGAGUUAAAAUUGCAAUUCCUAUUGAGGACCUCCUACAAGCUUCAGAAAUGAGCCUCAAUGAUGCUGCAUGUAGACUCAAUGUAAGCAAAUCUGCAUUGAAGCGUGUCUGUAGGGGUUAUGGUAUUGAGAAGUGGCCACCUUCCAAGAGACCAAAAUUUAGUUGCUCUCAGCUCUUUGAUGAGAAACAAAUCCAAAAAUUGGAUCCUGAUCUGUCUUCUAAUCAAGCGGGGAAUAUAGUUACUCUCACAAAGCCACAUGAUACAGCGACGAAAGAUGCAGAAAUCGUGACUAUAAAGGCUAAAUAUGGAAAUGACAUUGUAAUAAAGUUUCCGUUGUCUUCAUCAUCGGGUUUGGUGGAGUUGUGGCAGGAAGUGGCUCGGAGGCUGAACUUGGAUCCUGAAACUUAUCACAUCAAGUAUAAAGAUGAAGACGGUGACUUGAUUUUAAUCGCUUGUGAUGACGACUUACUGGGUUUUAUAACCAGUUCUAGAACGUUGGGCAACACUACGAUCCUGCUGUUGCUUGAGCCAAGGUUGCCAAUUACAUAAUCUUAUUAAUUAGUCAUUAGGUAAUUUUUACAUUUUUAAUGUUAAUGAAAUGGGCUUUGAUCCUCUUCAUUUUAUAUAUGUAAUGGAAUAUUUUCAUUACAUAUCUAAUGGCUAUGAAAUAAGAAUAUAAAUUUAUAAUUAA